ACUCCGAGGGCGGAAGAAGACUGGUUGCGCCAUGGCGAGCUCGGCGUCGUCUUCUGUGCGGGCUCCGCGGCCCAAGAAGGAGCCGCAGCCGCUUGUCAUCCCCAAGAACGCGGCGGAGGAGCAGCGGCUCAAGCUAGAGCGGCUCAUGAAGAACCCGGACAAAACUGUACCUAUUCCAGAGAAAAUCAAUGAAUGGGCUCCGAGACCUCCUCCUGAAUUUGUCAGAGAUGUGAUGGGUUCAAGUGCUGGUGCCGGCAGUGGGGAAUUUCACGUCUACAGGCAUCUUCGGCGCAGGGAGUAUCAGAGACAGGACUUCAUGGACGCCAUGGCUGAGAAGCAAAAAAUGGAUGCCGAGUUCCAGGAAAGACUGCAGAGGAAUAAGAUGACGGCAGAGGAGCAAACUGCAAAACGUCGGAAGAAGCGUCAGAAGUUUAAAGAGAAGAAGUUACUGGCUAAGAAGGCCAAGCAGGAGCAGCAGAAGUCAAAGGAAGGCUCUGACCAUUCUCAAGAGCAUCCAUCUAGUGGCAGUGAAGAAGAGGUGGUGGAAGAGGAAGAAGAGGAGGACCAGCCCAGCUUUGUGGUGGGGAGAUGAUGAUGGUGGUGGGCAGUAGUGGUGGGCAGUUGUGUGUGCCACUGGCUUGAAGACCCAGAGCCCAGGAAAUAUGUUACAGCCCUGAGUACAAAGGGCUGAGGCCAAGGGGCCUGGCAGAGACACAUCUAAUCUAAUUGGUCAUGGCCUGGCUGUGCAGUCUGACCGAUAUUGUACUGGACCAAUGUUUGUUACUAAACCCAGAACUGCUUUCAAACGUGGGACAUCCCAGGGAUCUCUCAAGCAGGGUCCUCCCUGACCCCAAAGUAGUGCCGUGGAAUGGUGUUCAAUGACUUCCAGCUAUGGAGGAACUUUUUCAGGCAUCUUGACAAUGAGGGGGUUUGGGGGUCAAUUUUUCCUGUAGAAGUUUUCAUUUGAUAAAGGGCAGAAAGUCUGUGGGCUUUUGUUUGGACAAAUAAACAGAUGAAGACAAAA